GACAUUAUUUAUUGGAUUGGAGCAGGGAGUAGCAAAGUUUGACCUUAUUUUUAGGCUUAAUUUAAUAAAAUUAUAAUUUUUUGUAUUAGCAACAUAGUAAAAUGACGCUAUAUCAUUUUGGAAAUUGUUUAGCAUUAGUAUAUGCGCCAUAUCAUAUGGCAUACAAAUUUUCUGGAAUAUCGGAAUAUGCUACAUUUUCAAAAUGUGUAUAUGCUGGCGGACUGUACAUCUUCACGCAGCUCUGCAAAAUGUUGCUUCUUGCCACAUUCUUUCCAGAUUCAGAUAGCAAAGUUGAUGGAGAGUAUGAUGUGUUUUUGGAAAUCUUAAAAGCAACAGUGGACUUUGCUGACCUGCUGGGCAUAUACUUUGCGCUGAAUGCCGUCCCGGGGAAGGGUCACGCGAAGAUUCUCACCGCAGCCAUAGGAUGGGCCAGUGCCGAGGUAUUAGUGACCCGCAGCAUUCUACUGUGGGUGGGUGCCCGCGGGUCUGAGUUCGACUGGCGCUACGUGCGCGCGUGCGCAGAGUCCAACGUGUCUCUCAUACAACACGCCGCCUCGGCCGCGCUAGUAUGGCUGUGGACGAGGAGUGAUCUGCCGAAGAAACAUGCUCCUAUUGUGGUCACGUUGCUAGCACUUACUCCGUUUAGAGGGUUACUAGAAGACGCGGUGGGCAGUAUUCUCGGGCUGAGUGCGUGGGCGCUGGUGUCGGUCCGCGCGCUGCACGCGGCCGGCACCGGGCUCGCCGCGCUCGGCAUGUACGCCGUGUUAGCGCAGCAGAUAGGAAUAUAAGUCCUAUGUCAAUGUGAUUGGGUUGAUUGCAAUAAAAGUAAUGCGUGUGUGGAUGUGUUAUUUAUAAAAAUUGUGAUUUAAGAUG